CAAAACAAAAUCAGAGCUUCUUUUCCGAGAAAACACCAAAUGGCGGAUGACGCCGGUGCAGCGGGGGGGCCCGGAGGCCCUGGUGGCCCUGGGAUGGGGAACCGCGGUGGCUUCCGCGGAGGUUUCGGCAGUGGCAUCCGGGGCCGGGGUCGCGGCCGUGGACGGGGCCGGGGCCGAGGCCGCGGAGCUCGCGGAGGCAAGGCCGAGGAUAAGGAGUGGAUGCCCGUCACCAAGUUGGGCCGCUUGGUCAAGGACAUGAAGAUCAAGUCCCUGGAGGAGAUCUAUCUCUUCUCCCUGCCCAUUCAGGAGUCAGAGAUCAUUGAUUUCUUCCUGGGGGCCUCUCUCAAGGAUGAGGUUUUGAAGAUCAUGCCAGUGCAGAAGCAGACCCGUGCCGGCCAGCGCACCAGGUUCAAGGCGUUUGUUGCUAUCGGGGACUACAAUGGCCACGUCGGUCUGGGUGUUAAGUGCUCCAAGGAGGUGGCCACUGCCAUCCGUGGGGCCAUCAUCCUGGCCAAGCUCUCCAUCGUCCCCGUGCGCAGAGGCUACUGGGGGAACAAGAUUGGCAAGCCCCACACUGUCCCUUGCAAGGUGACAGGCCGCUGUGGCUCUGUGCUGGUACGCCUCAUCCCUGCACCCAGGGGCACUGGCAUCGUCUCCGCACCUGUGCCUAAGAAGCUGCUCAUGAUGGCUGGUAUCGAUGACUGCUACACCUCAGCCCGGGGCUGCACUGCCACCCUGGGCAACUUCGCCAAGGCCACCUUUGAUGCCAUUUCUAAGACCUACAGCUACCUGACCCCCGACCUCUGGAAGGAGACUGUAUUUACCAAGUCUCCCUAUCAGGAAUUCACUGACCACCUCGUCAAGACCCACACCAGAGUCUCCGUGCAGCGGACUCAGGCUCCAGCUGUGGCUACAACAUAGGGUUUUUAUACAAGAAAAAUAAAGUGAAUUAAGCGUGAAAAAAAAAAAAAACAAAAAACAAAA